AUGAGCAAAGCAAAAUCAAGAUAUUCAACAGAAGAGUAAGCUGCUCUAUAAUCCAAAGUUGUAUUUUAAGAAUUUAAGUAAAUUAGCAAUCCGUUUAAUUACCAAGCAUUAAAUAAGAGUAAGUGAAUUCAGUUUCAGUUAUUGGUUUAAGUGAAUUAUAUUAGAUUAAAAAUCAUAUAUAGGGUGAAAAACAAACUAAAAAGGUAACACAAACCAUCAUUAAUAGACACUUGAUAAUUAAAGACUUUGGGCGUAAAGAAUAACUAAGCAGAGGUAAUAAAAAGAGGCUGAAAAAUUAGAGAGGUUCACUAAGGAAGAGGAGGAAAGAAGAAAAAUUGAUAAGGAUGAGGAAGAAUAUUAAGAAAGACUUAAAAAUGAACUUGUAAAGGAAUCAAAUUAGAAAAUAUUUGAUUAAAGAGCAGAGUAAGAUCACAUUUACAAAAUUAUAGUGUUCGUAAUUUGAAGGCUUAGAUGAUGNUUACUUGAUUGGAUAGUGGAUGUUCAUUUCAAAUUCAAAUUGGAUACAGAAACACUAUUUUUAACAAUUUCGAUAAUUGAUAGGUAAUUAUUGAAUUAAUUUGAGAGUACUUGAAAUUCACUAGAUAUCUAAAUCCAAAUUCUAACUUUAUGGAGUGACAGCCUUGUUCAUAGCAUCCAAAUACGAAGAAGUGUAUUCUGUGCCUCACGUAAAGGAUCUUGUCUACGUUUGUGACAAUGCAUAUACAAAAGAGGAGAUCUUGGCAACAGAGGGCAAAAUCAUCUCAUUGUUGGGAUUUGAUUUGCUUACAACAAGUCCUUUGAGAAUGUUGAAUGUCUAUUAAGAAACAGCAAAAUUGGAUUAAAAAAACUACAUGCUAGCAAGGUAAUCUAAAAUAUUUAAUAAUUUUAGAUAUUUAAUAGAACUAUCAAUUUUGGAGUACUCUAUGAUCUAAUUUUCAAAUAAUGUUUUGGCUUGUGCAUCCAUUUAUUUGGUACAUAAGAUUAGACGAAUCCAUCCAUCAUGGAAUUAGGAUUAGAUGGUUCCUCUUACUGGUUUGAAUGAAGUAGAAAUUAGAAGCUGUGCAAAGGAAAUGUGCAGUUUAUUGCAAAAUUAAGAUAAAAAAUAGUUUGCAUCAAUUAAGAAAAAGUUUUCGAUGCCAAAAUAUUUUGAAGUCUCAAAAAUAAGAAUAGAAAAGAAACCUUCACAAAAUCUAUAAACCCUACAAUAAUGA